GUCAACGAAUACCCAGAGUUCCUCACGGGAGAGGAGAGAACCAACACACAGCACAUUGCCAUCUCUUACAUGACGUCAGAGCCUCGGAAGAGAUCGUUCCGGCGAACCAAGAGGUCACCCAGAAGUUCUUUGACAGAGCUCAGUGAGACGAGGUCAAAUGCAUCAACACCUGUCAGUUAUGCCAGCUCUCUCGACGGGAACAUGUUUGAGGACUCCAGUUCUCUUACUAGCAGCAUCAAUGGUUCUGCCAACUGGGGUGGUUUGAAGAACGGGAUUCCCAAGAAGAAGAAGCAGAAGGCAGCUUUGAAUGAUAGCCUGGAGUAUGGGGGCAAUCUUAGGUCAUUAAAGGUAGGUGGUGAUACGUUUGUGAGUUUAGUGGUGUUUGUGACUUUGUGUGGUGUUUGUGUGUUAGAACUACCGAAAGUGCCCACGAGUCAAGUCAACGGACUGCCUGUCAUCCAUUCACAGCUUUAUCUGGGAAGUCAACUGUUGAACAAGAAUGGAGCUCUUGGCAGUCACACGUCAUUAAGUAAGGACUCUAGAAGUGCCACACCACUGCUUGGUUCUCAGGGCAAUGUUGACAGCAACGAACUCAACAAUUUAUUUUCUGAUUGGGGCAAUACACCAUCGCUGACCGGUUUCAGCCUGCUUUCCCUGGCUGGUAACUCUGAGAGACGGAAGUGUGUCCUCAACAUCUACCUGUUGAACCUCAAGUCUUCUUUCUUGUUUUUUCUCACAAGUGCCUGGAACAACUAUGUCAUUAAAUCUACCCUGGUAUUGGAACCUGAGCAGUUUCAGGCACCAACAGAUCGGGCGUCCUUAAAUCUCACUCGCAGAGACACCAUGGAGAGAAAGUACUGUCAGAUCAAGCGUGACCUCUUACAACAUCGCUUACACCUUGAGGAGCAGUAUGCCCUGAUAGACCAGCUGUGUUCAGCCACCAAGUCAAACAACAUGUUCAAAAGAUUUUUCUGGAAGAAUCCUGACAUGCUGUCAUUCUUCAUCACCCAGCUGCACAAGUACCUGCCUACAUCUUCAGCAGCUUUGAACACAGUAAAAGGCAAAUUACAAAGAACAGACGAGAUUGAAUUUGCCAUUUUGGUCUUGUCCGCCAUCAAUCUCAUGCUGAGGGAGACGGAAGUAUUCCCAUGCCGAAUGCAGAUUCUGAAGCUGGAAGGUGGGAAGUGUAUCUCUGAUCUCCUGAAGAUCCUGAUGACCCAGCCAGACUUCCUGUGCUACCCGACAGGUUUGACGAAACAUUGGUCAGUCCCAGCUGCAGACAAGAGGCUGCACGCAGACAGAAGUGUCGAUGAAGAA